GGCGAACGACGACACAUGAGCACGAUCCGCCCGUAUCGUGGACUGGGUCGAGGCGGCGCCGGAGCCUACGAGAAAUUUAAACAAGCGGAGCCGCCGCCCCUGGCGCGCGCGCGCGCCAGUCAAAACCAUAGAGUUUUUCACGGCGACCUCGAUGUCCCAUUCGCCGAGAUCGCACAGAGUCAGAUCCUUUUCCACGGGCGAAGCUUCGCCGCAGCCGGGCGCGUCCUGAUCCGAAGCCCACGGGGCGGGGGAGACGACAGGGCGGGCCCACGCGAGGCCCAACCCGCGCAGGCGCAGCCCAUAUAUACGCGCCCACCCAGCUUGGUCGCCAAGGAAAACAGCUCAGCGGCAGCGAGGAUUUAUAUAGCGGCCAGCCGCCUUUCGAAACCGGACACGAGGAAGGAGAGGUUGUCUCUGGAAGCUGGUCGAGCCGAGCGUCCAUCCAGCCAGCCGUUGGGGCCUUUAGGGUUUGCUUUGAGGAGGAUGGCAACGGUGGCGGCGGAGGGGGGGAGCGGGCGCAGGGACGCGGAGGCGGAGCUGAACCUGCCGCCGGGGUUCCGGUUCCACCCGACGGACGAGGAGCUGGUGGUGCACUACCUCUGCAGGAAGGUGGCGCGGCAGAAGCUGCCGGUGCCCAUCAUCGCCGAGGUCGAUCUCUACAAGUUCGAUCCAUGGGAGCUGCCCGAGAAGGCGCUGUUCGGGCGCAAGGAGUGGUAUUUCUUCACACCGCGCGACCGCAAGUACCCGAACGGGUCACGCCCCAACCGCGCCGCCGGAAGGGGGUACUGGAAGGCGACGGGCGCCGACAAGCCGAUCGCGCCCAAGGGGAGCGCCAGGACGGCGGGCAUCAAGAAGGCGCUGGUGUUCUACUCCGGCAAGGCGCCGAGGGGCAUCAAGACCGACUGGAUCAUGCACGAGUACCGUCUUGCUGACGCCGACCGCGCCCCGGGCAAGAAGGGAUCCCAGAAGUUGGAUGAAUGGGUGCUGUGCCGGCUGUACAACAAGAAGAACAACUGGGAGAAGAUUAAGGUGGAGGAGCAGGUGGCGCACCACCACCGGCAGAACGGGGAGGUCAUGGACACGCUCGCCGACACCAUGUCCGACAGCUUCCAGACGCACGACUCCGAUAUCGACAACGCCUCGGGCAUGCAGAACAACUUCGGUGGCAUGGCGCAGGGGCAGGCCAUGAGGAACGGCAUCGGCAACGUGACGGUGAAGGAGGACAACGACUGGUUCACGGACCUGAAUCUGGACGAGCUGCAGGCGUCUUACAUGAACCUGGGCCAGACGGUGAAUCCAAAUCAGCUGGGCCAGACGGUGAAUCUGGCAGCUGGGCAAGACCAUGGCUACUUGCAGUCCAUGAGCUCGCCGCAGAUGAAGAUAUGGCAGACAAUCUUGCCGCCAUUCUGAGAAUUGAGAUUGAGAUGGAAGAGGCAAGAGAUGUAAAUAAGGGGAGACGAGGAGUGACUAGACAGGACUAGAAAGAACAAGUAUGAAGUUUGGAGGAUAUGAUUCUGCAACUGUUGAUGUAGGCUUGCAAUGUUUAUUCUUUUGUUGGAUCUAUGCAUUUAGUAAUGCGCAAAAACAUUCCCCUUUGCCCUUA